CCGAAAACUUGCAUCGCCAGCAAAAUAUCGCGCGUCCACUCAACUAAAUAGUUAGCAUAUAACUAACCUUUUGGUAAACAAUAGCAUCAUGCUAUCAUGCUGCACAUUGUAGAGAGAUUUUUAGAAUUUGCAAAAAGAGAAGGGAUAGUAAUUGAUAAUGACUUUGUCUUCAUCACUUUGUUAUGAUAAAAUGUCUAAUACACUCACACCAUUUGUAUACUGGGCCCAAACGGAGAAUCAAAUUACAUUAAAAGUGGAUUUAACUGAUGUAAAGGAUUUUAAUGUUGAUCUAAAGGAAACUACAUUACAAGUUACAGCCUAUGGCCAGGGAGCAAGAGGUUUGAAUAAUUACAGUUUUAAUCUGAAUCUUCAUUUGCCUAUUGAUCCAAAUGAGAGUAAUUACAAAGUAAUUGAUCGUCAAGUAGACUUUGUUUUGAAAAAGAAAUGUAGCAGUUGGUGGCCAAGAUUAAUAAGUCAGCCGCAAAAGCCUUCAUGGCUUAAGAUUGAUUUUGAUAAAUGGAAAAGCGAAGAUAUGGAUGACAAUGAUGAUGAAAAGCGUGACAUUUGCAAUGAUUAUCCUGAUAUGUUUGAUAAAUUGCACAAAGAAGAAUUUGGUUAUAGAAAAGAGGAUCUCACAAAGGUGUAUCUAGUGAUAUAUAAUCUCUGUCAAUUUGUUGGUUUUAUUUAUGUACUUGCUGUAAUGGGUAUACGAUAUUCACGAGAUGGGCCAGAUUUCAUGAAAGAAACAUAUGCAGCAGUUGGCAGUCCACUCAAGUUUAUACAACUUUUACAAUUUUUAGAGGUAAUGCAUCCUCUAUUUGGAUAUACAAAAAGUAGCACACUUGUAUCUUUCUUACAAGUGGGAGGUAGGGGCUUUGUGUUGUUUUUAAUGAUUGAUGCCGAGCCUCGUAUGCAAACUAAACCAGUCGUUUUCUAUCUAUUUCUAAUAUGGAGCAUAAUAGAAAUAGUCAGAUAUCCAUACUAUAUUACACAGUUAUUGAAAAUUGAAAUAUCCUUUUUAACAUGGUUGAGAUACACCCUAUGGAUACCAUUAUAUCCAUUAGGUUUUGUAUGCGAAGGUAUUAUCAUAUUGCGAAAUAUUCCAUAUUUCGAAGAAACCCAGAAAUUCACAGUUUCCUUACCGAAUACAUAUAAUUUUGCUCUUCACUUCCCGUCUGUUAUGAGACUUUAUUUACUUCUAUUGCUCUUGCCUGGAAUAUAUACAAUAAUGUCUCGUAUGAAUCAAUUACGCUCUAGAAAACUUGGAAAAUCUACUAUUAAGAGAAAAUAUAAAUGAUUUGCAAUAUAAGUAACUUCAAACUCAUUUUCUGUAUUCUUCAUUUUAUCUCUGUAAUUACUAUUAUAUAAAAGAUUAAUAAAAAAAAAUAGAUGGAGGGCAUAAUAUAUAGCAAUUUUGUUUUAACAUAUACAGCUUUUUUAAUAAUGCUGUAAUUUUGUAUAGAUAUAUUUUAUAUUAUUUUUGAUCAUAUAGCAUUUUUUUAAGACUAAAGUUACAUUAAAUCUGCAUUAGCUAUCCAAGCUGAUUCAGCUUAUUUUAUCUUAUGAUACUAUUUAUUACUUAAUGUAUAUAUUUCAAAUAAAAAGAGCAAUAUCAAAGUUAAUAUUAAGACAUUGAUUUUUUGAAUGUCUCUUGAAUACAAAUUCUAUAUAUGAAAAAAUAGAAUAAAUCAUGUAAAUAAGACAAAUAUUGUAAAAUCUCAUUGGAUCUACAAUAUAAAUAAUACAUAAUUGAUAUAGAAUAUAGAUUUAUAGGAAUUGUCUUGAAAAAAUAAAAGUGAUGCACAAUUCGUUGCCUAUAGCAUAGAAAACAAUUUUAUUCUCACUAAAAAAAAUAUAUAAAAUGGAGGAAAAGUAUAAGCGCACGUAAUAAUUCUUUUUUUCAAAUAUCUAUCAUACAUACAUACGAUAUCGAUAUUCUUGCAUGACAUAUAUCGAUAUUCGUUACGAUUUACGAGUUUCUAAGCGAUUUCAGUCUUCAGUUUGCGGUCUGCGGUUUGUAAGCGCAAGCAUGUGAAAUUAAUUUCCUACAAUUUUAUACUUUAUUGAUUUUAUGUAACAUAUAUAAUUCCAUCUAUUGAAGACAUGUGAAAUAAAUAAUAUUGAAUAGCUAGA